GACGAAGUCUGGUCUGUCUUUAUCGAGCAAAGCCUCUCCAACAAAGAUAUUACAAGAAAUUUCUUUGGAAUCAUUAUGACUAUCAUGUCAUAACAAGCCCGGGGGGGGGAAACACCGCUUUCACAACACUGGCUUAAGGAUCUUAUCUACUUGCAACACUUUCACUGUGUGAGCCUGGGAUCUGCACCGACGAUCGUCUUCUAACAGCCGAAUCGAUUGUCAGCACCCGGCUCCAAAAUCAUACGAUCUGCUGAAAAUAAGGAGCUGUUGAAAAGCCUGGGAGGUGAUCCUGCCCUCAGCUGAAAUGGUGAAUAAAAGUGCCACCUCAAUCCACUGCCUUUCUACCGACCAUGACGCUAACGCAGAUAUGUUCCUGCAGAUCCUCAUGAUCAUCGAGAUGAUCAUGGGCCUGCCAGGAAGCGUGCUAGCCUUGUGGAUUUUCUGUUUUCGCAUUAGGGUCUGGAAGCCGCACAUUAUCUUCCUCUUCAACCUGGUUUUAGCUGACUUCCUGCUCCUCGUCAGCGUGCCCUUUCGCAUCGACGUCCACCACCGACAGGAGGGCUGGGUCCUGGGGCCGACGUGGUGCAGCAUCAACCUCUUUAUGCUCAACGUCAAUCGCACUGCCAGCAUCGCGUUCAUGACGGUCGUUGCACUGGACCGCUACUUUAAGGUCGUCCACCCGCUUCGCAGCAUCAGCAAAAUGAGCUCAGCUCAGGCUCUGUGGCUCACGGGGCUCAUAUGGAUUGCUGUGUUUGUCCUCGGGACUCCGCUGCUGGCCACCAACCUACUCCACGAGCACGGCAACGCCAACCGCUGUCGCAGCUUCGACUCAUACGAAGUGACCCCUCUGCCUAUAAAGAUAUAUUACGUGUCCUACAUUGUAGAGUUCUUCCUGCCCUGGCUCUUGUUGCUCUUCUGCUCUGCCCAGAUCAUCUUCCACCUGCACCGACGGAAAGUGAACAACAAGAAGUGGGUGCGUUGUGCCGUCAGAGCAGUGGUGGUGAUCAGCGUAGUGUUCACUUUAUGCUUCAUGCCGAGCGUCAUCACAGGCCUGUUGGGGUCCUACAUCAAAGUAGCAAGACCGAAUGACUGCAAAACCUACAUCCGGGUCACGCGGUUCUUUAAGAUCUGCAUCGGCUUCACCUACCUCAACAGCGCCUUGGAUCCCAUCAUCUACGUGUUCUCCAGCUCCGUGUUUCGAGCCACCUUGAGGAACGUCAUCAGUUUUAAAAAGAAAGAGACGAGGCCGGCCAGCUCCACCUACUAAAAGACAAAGAUAGUUGUCUCAUUAUUACAAUAGGUCUUUUCAUCUUCUCCAAAAAAUAAAAAAAAAAGAAAAAAGGCAGAAGAAGCUGACCUUUGUGUGUAGGAAGUAGAGAGUACAUAGACUGCGAAUGUGGAUUGAUUAGCAAGAAGUUGUGAGCCGAAAAAAACAAUGUUGUUACUGAACUAAUGCAUUAACUACUUUCUAUAUAGUGUGCUGCAAACAACGUCAAAUUCAAAAAUAGCAGCACUUAAACGCAUCAGCUGGAGGUGGUCAUAAUGUUGUGCCUGAUCAGUUUAUUCUGCAGCUAAAGAAGAAGCAACCAUAUGUCUUGCGAGCUGUUCUAACACAUGUAGAUCUGAUGUACAUACACAGUAAUUUCUGUUUUCCAAUGAUUUUAUUUUUCCACAUAUUAUUUUUCUAGUUUCCUGUUUUGUUGUUUUCUAAAUUCCUGUUGAUGUAUGUGACAUGAUGCUGCUGUGUCAUUUUGAAUUUCUUCUGCUCAGUAAAGGUUUAUCUUACUGUACGUUAUUAAUUGUACACACAUAUACAUUAGAAAUGACAAAAGCUUUUUUAUACCAAUGUCAGCAUUAAUAAAAACAAUGAAAUGUGA